AUGACAGAACAUGAUGAUUUUGGGAAACCACUUCAAAAGCGACAGAAAGAUGUUUGUCUGGGUUGUCUCACAAAGCAACAUCUGAUAAUGAUAUCUCUGGCUAUUGGACUUCUGCUGAUAAUCAUCACUGCCAUCACUGCUGUGGUACUCACAAAAAGCAAAGCUCCUCUCCCACCAUUUCCUACUGGUGGUGACAUGUUAGACUUCCUGGCACAGUUGGGCGUCAUCAGCCACCAAGAUGGCCUGUUGGCAACUUGGUUUCACAGGGCCAACAACAAGGAAGAGAUGGACAGAGCACUUGCAAGUAAUGCUAUGAUCCUGGAGGCUGAUGUCAACCUGGAGGGUUUUGGGACACAGAAUCAGAAACCUAUCCCUAUCAUGGCUCAUCCUCCAAACAUCUAUAUGGGUCUGUCACUGGACAUGUUAAGACAAAAGAAUAGUAGCAGAGGAAUACACAGGCCUGUGUGGCUUAAUGCAGAUAUCCUUCAAGGCCCUAACGUUCUCUAUGUUCCACCAAUUUUUGUUGGAACUUACACCCGCACCAUGGUGGAAGACAUGUACAAUAUUAUCAAAGAUGUUCCCCAAAGCGUAACAUUUCCAGUCCAUGCUCUUUUGGUACGCAGUGGCUGGCAGCACAUCAGCUGGCUCCUAAGCCAGUCUCCAAGGUUCAGUCUCACAUUAUGGCAAGGUUCAGAUAACCCAAAUAUCAGUGACCUGCUGUUUGUUCGUGACAACACCCUACCUGCGAGAGUCUACUAUGAUAUAUAUGAACCCACAUUAUCUGAAUUUAAAGAGGCUACAAGAAAGCAGAACCAAUUCAGGAGAUUUUAUCCAGGUGGAAACCUGAUGGACUUUCUCUUUCCAAUCCACGACACAACUUUCUUGCCAGCAUUUACGCAGCCCAACAGUCUUGCAGUGCAUUGGUUCACUGUGACCGAUCAAGCCUCUUUGCUGACUCAACUCUCA